AUGGAAACUGAAGUAAAUGUUGGGGCUGAAGUUGAAAUAAUGAAAUUUAAAAGGCAGUGUUGGGCAAUAUGGACAUUUGGACUUAUUAAAAAAAUUUGGACAAAUAUGGACAUAGUAAUUUAUGAACAUGGACAUAGUAAUUUAUGGACAUGGACAUAUAG